UAAAAAAAAGAAUAACACUUAAUUAUAUUAUAAAAUAUCAUUUUUGUAUUUAUUUGUAUAAUAAAAAAUGUUUACAUAUAGUAUUGUUUAUAAGUUAUUGUGCUGCUUCUAAUAAAAACUGUCAACUAAUUAUGAAAUUGUGGAGUUUCAGCUAAAUAAAAAUUUCAAAUUAGAUUUAUGGUUAGAAUUUGUACAAUAGGUUUAAUUCUUUUCUAGUUGUCCUACGGCAUAACAGGUUUAGUCUCAAUUUCUUGUUGCAAGAAAAAAGUUUGGAAAAUGGCUACAAAUACUUCGUCUGGGAAUCAAAGAAAGCUUGCUAUGGAGGCAUUGGGGCGAAGAUUUGUCAUUGCGAAAGCUGAGGCUCUUCAACAGAUGAAGCAUGUAAAAAAGAGAGCACGCAAAGAAGAUGUAAAAGGAUCAGAUUCUUCAGCUAUUUCUUUGUCACCAAAUCUAACAGAUGCAUCAGUGAUAAACUCCACCAAUGAGUCAGCUAAAAGAGGUUGUCAUAUUAAUAAUUGUACAAGUGUCUAUAUUUAUUAUUCAAGUUGUGCAGUUUGCUUCUUGUUUCUAACCAAUUUCACUUUCGUUGGUUACACUACAUCACAAGCUGAGGAAUUGAGUGGUCCGACAGAUUUUCAGCUCACUCAGCCCAUGCAUGAGAAUUUGUUGACAACUGAUGACAAACAGUCUAGUGGGAGAGGAAGCACAGUUGAGAAGGUCUUGCAUGAGCUCUUCCAAAAUGGUGACUCAGCUCAGAAGUACUUGCAUGGAUCAAGAAGCGUGAGAAUUGACAAUUGGCUCCUCCUUGAUAAUUAUGUGCAAGGGCGGGGUGCAUCUUCUAGUUCUCAUAUCAGAGCAUUGUGGAUCCAUUCAAAGCGAUCUAAAAACCACAUGUCCAUGAAGCAACUUAAGAAAAGUGGAUUAUUUGAUAAACCUCAAGAACUCCAAAGUUUUGAAACUUACAAGCCAAUGCAUGAAAUGUGGAAGGGUUAUGUACUGCAUCUUAUUCAAACCACCGGGAAAAACCAGUUGGCUCAAUGUCUUCUUAGUGCAGAUUUGCAUGGUGCUUUAAUUUUAGUUGCUGAGUGUAAGAUUACUGCUUUCACUGGAGUGAAUGGUAUUAUGGUUUGUGAAACUGCAGAAACAUUUGGGAUAGUUACAAGAGAUGAUAAGUUCCGAGUUGUGCCCAGAAAGGGAUCUGUCUUAAUAGUCCAAGUUGAGUGCUGGAAAAUUACCUCUCUGGGAGACAAACUCUCUUCAAGAUAUCUGGGAUUCUAACUUUGAUUUUAAUCAUAAUGUCUCAGUGAGUGCAAAAUUUUUGUGGAAGGUUGAAUUAUGAAACUUUAUGUACUAAUUAUUUAUAGGCAGCUUGGUUUAUUCAUUUUUGCAA